CUUCGUUACCCACAAGAUUUCCAAGGUCGAACCAAUGGAUGGGAGGCUGUUUUAACCUAUCAGUGACUUACUAGACGCCUUUAUGAUGUAUUUUUCAAGAUUAUCAUGCUUUCGAAAUUUUAUUCACACUUCAAGAAGAUUAAAGCUCCCUAUCCAAGUAAAAAUGCCGUCUCUGUCUCCAACCAUGUCCGAAGGCUCAAUCGUUAACUGGGUGAAGAAUGAAGGAGAGGAGAUAGUCGCUGGAGACGUUCUUUGCGAGGUUCAGACGGACAAAGCUGUUAUUUCGUUUGAGUCCGAGGAGGAUGGUAUACUGGCCAAAAUCUUGGCACCUGGUGGGUCAUCAAAUAUCAAAGUCGGUGAUUUAAUCGCUGUAAUCGCCACUCCAGGAGAGAAUUGGCAGGAGGUUGCUGCUUCUGCACAUUCAUUAUCUCCGCCAAAAACAGCUGGCAGUACGCCAAAUCAAGCGGAGACAAAAGCUAUAACUAAGGAAUCACAGCCGUCUCGCUCCUUAAUAGGACCUGCGGUUCGUCUCCUCCUACAGUUACACGAUAUCAAUGAGUCUCAAAUACGGCCAACGGGACCACACGGUCAGCUGCUUAAAGGAGAUGUUUUGGCUUACGUAGCUAACAAUCAAAUUAAACCUGUUGUAUCUAGUAAAAAAAAACCAGCUAGUGAUAUUUCUGCUACACAAACUGUCUCAUCGGCAGCCACUUUCACAGAUAUCAUGUUAUCGGAUACGAGAAAAGUUAUUGCUCAGAGUUUGUCGGAAUCAAAAUUAUCUGUCCCACAUGGAUAUGUUCACGCGACUGCUCAUAUAAGUCGUUUAAAUGAAUUGAGAAGAGAAUUGGAAGUGAAUUCGGGUUUAAAUCUCUCCAUAAAUGAUUUCAUUAUCAAAGCUUGUGCUUUAAGCUUAAGACUUGUUCCAGAUUUAAACGCCAUUUAUGACUCGCAAUCAGAAUCUCCCAUUUAUCGAAGAUCGGUUGAUAUAAAUAUGACGGUACCAACUAGUUCAGGGUUACUUACACCGAUUUUGAAUUCAGCAGAUACACUUAUCGUUUCUGAUAUUUCCAAGUUGUCGCGACAGUUAUUUCAGAAGGCACAAGAUGGUGUACUACAACCACAUGAACUUCAAGGUGGGAGUUUCACAAUCUUUGAUCUUGGAAUGUACGGUAUUCGAGAGUUCACUGCCAUCGUGAAUCCUCCUCAGGUGGCUAUUCUAUCUGUUGGCGCUGGUUUGCCUGAGGCCUUUGUCUCAAAAUCAUAUAUAGAAAAUGAAGUAACUUUUUCAACGGAUAUUGGGCUAACAUUGUCAAUAGAUUCACGAUGUGUAAGUGAAGUUGCUGCAGGUUCUUUCUUGAAGUAUGUUUGUAAUCUGUUAGGAGACUGUCCGCAUCUAUUACUUGAUGGUGAUCCUGUUUUAUUGUCCUUGGAGAGUAAACAUGCUUUCUCUCAACGAGACGAAUUUGAAAAUUCAAUGCUUUCAAAAGUGAAUACAGAUACUAUUCAAAAUGCAGUAUAAUUCACUGUUAUGUAUCCUAUCUUUCUCAUUCCCCUAGCUUACUUUAUUCUUUAUUUAAAGCUGUUCUACUCUUUUCUCAUUCUAAAAAUGUAGAUUAGUUCUAAUUGUAACUGCCUACUUUUGUUAUACUGACUACUAAUUUAAUUUUCUAUUUGUACUGUUUUAUUAUGGCUAAAUACACAACCGAUGAGGCAAAAGUAACUUGCUGACCCUCACGAAAAGAUAGUGUCCGUUUUAAAAACAAUAAUAUUUAGUUAUUUC